AUGUCUAGUCAUGACUGGCUGUGCCUUGUUCAGCAUGCAGCAGGCACAUUUAUACACCACAACAGGUGCCUGAGCCAUGUGAGAGAGCAGCUGAUCUCACCUCAAACCCAGUUCCCCGCGCUUACCCUCUUCCUCGGCAAGGGGCACAAGGAUGUCGCUCUUCGCUAUGUGUUUCCAGAUAACCAGAUUACACCAGGCCGGUCGGGUCUGCGGCUGCGACUGGAAAAUCGUACACUGUACGGGGACCACCCAAUCCUUAUUGCUGACUGUGAUUCACACUUGACACCUCUAGCCCCAGAGCCGGUAGACGGUGAGCGGGAAGAGAUACCUAUUUUUUGGAAUAUAGCUGCAGACAGAAACCACCUGGAUAUCCUGCUAUCCCGCCUGCUGUUCUUGUUUGUCGACGUAGUCUGCAUCUUUGCGGAUGAUGUGGGCGGAUUGGAUGCGGUGCGCGCCGAGUUGACGAGAUGGGCUGCCUUGGGACGGAACGUAUCCAGCUUGGACCACCGGCCUCGCGUCCUGGUUGUGGCCGACUCGAACGGGGCAAGCGUGACGCAGGACAUCUUAGAAGAAAGCGAUUUCUUAUUCCAACUGCUGCGGAGUCCGGACGUGCCUGAGGUUUUUGCCACUCCCAAUCUGCUGCAGUUGCGUACUGGCAACCUAUCUGGUGCGGCGCGAUUCCUAGAACUCAAGGAUGAGCUACUGAAGGCUCUUGACCUUAGCCGCCGGGACCGGAGGCAAGAUGGGUUACUCUUUUCUGCGGCGCAUAUGGACGAGUAUUUUAACCAUGCCCUUCACCAUGUUUGCCGGACGCCACAACAGCCGUUUGAUUUUGUCCGAAGCUCUAAACGUAAUGCUGGGAGAGACAUGGAUCACUCCUUCCAUCUGAAAGAAUUUUUGGGCUUAACAAGUGUUCAGGAGUGGGAGUACCAGGCGGCAUACAUCGCUUCAACCCUUCUGGUCGACGCAUAUCGUCCGGGGUCGCAUUUUUUCAACCCGGCUGCCAUCUUCGACUCCUUCUAUCGCGAGUCCUGCCAGGCUGCAAUUACAGCCGUGGGAAUGGCGCCGUCCAAUUGCCAGCUUAUUGAGUUCUACCUAGCCCGCUUCCACAAGCGACUUCAGCUUGGGCAGGGGCCAUCGCGUCGCAUCCACAAGACAAAUCUUGUCCAGUGGCAGAACCUACUGGUCGGAAUCCGCACAGCUGGGUUCGGUCACCCCGUCGAAGGAGCAGAGUAUCAAUAUCAUAUCGACUGUUGUGUGCUUUGCCAAAGCCCAUCUAUAAAUGUGAUCAAUGUGCUACCGUGCACGGCACCCGUGCGAGCCAUCACCAUCGACGGCGGCGGUGUUCGCGGCUUUAUCCCCCUCCGGUUUCUCCAACACAUACAACUUCAACUUGGAGCGCAAUUCCCGGUGCAGGAUCUUGUCGAUGUGGCCUUUGGGACGAGCUCCGGCGGACUUUCUGUAUUGAAAGUAUUUCGACAGCGUCGAUCCGUCGACGAAUGCAAUGAUACUUUUGCAGAUCUAAUGCAGGAAUUCUUCCAGAAGCAGCCGCCACCGCGAUCGAUAUGGGCGAAGCUUCUUCGUGCGAUCCGUUGCUGGUGGACAGACGGGUGGUACGAUGCAAGCAUGUGGGAUAAACUCCUUCAAUCACAAUUUGAUGCGAGUCAGCAGAUGUUCGACACACAGCCGGUUUCGGGGACGAAGGUCGCGGUGACAACAACGGCCCGAGAUACAGUCCUACUAACUAACUAUCGGCGUAAUACUGUGAAGCCGGACGAUGGAGUGCCCGCGCAACAACCGCAGCCCCCAUGUCAGUUGCACUGCCUGUCGCGGCAAUCAAACGUUACGGAGGCUAAAAUCAGAGACAGGUUCUUUCCGCCGAUUGAUCUGCCGGGAAUAGGUAGCUGCGAAGACGGUGGACUCAAGGAGAAUAAUCCCGCGCUGAUCUGUCGUUCUGAGACACGGUUCAUGUGGCCUUCCAGGUUAGAGCCUGGGACUUUGAUAUCACUAGGAACGGGGUCAGCCAAUGUGGGUCACCCACCCGGUCUGGGCCUUGCCCGGCGCCGUCGGUCCAAGAAGCGGGGUUUUGCCUUUCGCGUGUAUGACUUCUUUAUGGCAUCCAUGGAUGCUAAGGAGGCUUGGAAAAAGUUUCUGGGCCAGCUGGAUGAGGCCACGAAACGAAAUUACCACCGCUUAGACGUCACUUUCCCCAGCCAAGAGCCCCGUUUAAACUCUGCCGGGGAGGUCAGGUGGAUGACCAGCCUAGUAGACAAAGAAGCCAGGAUUCAAGUGCCACCGGCGCUAACAUCCCUGCUGCUCGCCAGUCUCUUCUUUGAGUUGUCCUCUGUUCCCCAGUGGGAGGACGGCUUCUAUCAUUGCAUAGGCACAAUUAGAUGCCGCGUGAGGGGUAACAUCUUUGUAGACGCCCUUACCAAGCUCCAUCCGCACGCGUCCGCCUUUAUACUCGGCGAGGAGACGCUCGGAAUCUCGCCGUACUCCGACGCAGUUUGUGAGAUGUGCCGCAGGUACUGCGUGCCCGUCCGCUUCGCGGUGAAAGAGCUGCAUAGUCGGAUAACUCUGUCGCUGCGGCUCGAUGGCGAACAGGCUCAACCUUUGGGUGGAUUUCCGCUGUCUUUGUGCUGGUUCCUCGAACAACAGGAACUGUAUUGGAGCAACACACAAGGUUUGCCGGCACGCACCGCAUGCAAAUCUUGUGAUAUGCGGGUCCACCGCAAAAACAGACCAAUCCAACCACCCUCAAACUAUAGGAAGCGGGUUCGGUAUAUUUGA